CCUCGAGAAUGCGCCGGCUGUACCGGCCGUAGAUGUCCAUAAAUGUGCUGCAUGUUUCUCGCUCCCACCGACGGGUGCUGAUUCUGCGCUAAGCUAACCAGCUCCUUCGUCACUCUUUACAUAUUCUAUUCAGUCAUUACACCAUGUCGUUCAACUUACGUUCAUUACUGCUUUCAGGCUCUCUACUGGCGUCACUUCCCGUAGUUGCAUCACAUGCAUCACACCAGAGCAUUAACAAACGCGCUCCUUUCGACGGUGAAGCUGUCAUCAUCAAGGGGCAAUGGUCGUGCAGCCCGCAGCAGAUUACCGACAUAGACCAGGGCGUUGUCGAGGCACACGAACUCGCAAAUGCUGCCCUUACUGCCCUUGGAAAGUCCAAUGUUGCGAGAACACCGGCUUACUUCUCUUGGUUCGGACCUGAAAGCGGAGGUCCUUCGGCAUCCAACCUUGUUGAGAAGCACUACCGUCCUGUGAUCGACUCCCUCAAGGCCCCAAGUGUCGAAACAGCCUUCCGUUUUUCCCCUGAGCCGUUGUUCCCCCCGAAUACUGUCACAGACAAGAGUCUUGUUUUCGGCUGCUCCGGAAACAAUGGACCCUGCGCGGAUGGCCAGAUGGUUGCGGGUGUACAGAGUGCCACAGAUACCGAGGCCGCAGUCUUUGGUACCACUUUGUUGCUUCUCUGCGAGACCUUCUUUGACAAGACUCGUCCCACCAAUCAGGGAAUGGUGAAGCAAUGGCAGACCGAAAGCGCCAUCGGCGACAUGUCGAAGGGUUUUGUCUUGGUUCACGAGACUCAGCACAUGCUUAUUGCCACGGGAGCGGGAGAACGGGCGGAUGAUCUCAAGAACCCGUUCUUCGGAUUCCUUGAUGACAGGUCGGAGGAUUGCUACUCUGCGACAUGCUGCUCCCGCUUGUCAGCAGCAGAGAAGGUGAAGAAUGCGCAGAACUAUGCCAUCUUUGCACUUGACUCGAUGGCGUUCCCUAACGUGGAGGAACAACCCGCUUGCCCGGCAGCUCCUGCAUCCUCUACUUUGGUGCGCCGGAAGCGCCAAGUGCAAUUCGAUAACUCAACGACUUCAUCGGCGCCGCCUUCUUUGUCUCGUACUCCCUUGCCCCCCACCAUCAUCACUUCAACCAGCAAGCCUCCCUCAAGAAUUGCGACCCCGACACCUUCUCGUAGCGCAGAGCCUGAAGUCAUCACAGUAUCAGGCACUGUCGCAGUUGUCAUCCCCGCGGGAGCAGUCGCCUUCGGCGGGCCCGGUGGUGGCCUUGCCUCGUUCGGAGGCGUCGUUGUCCCAGUCCCCGAAGGACAGACUGUCAGCGACCCUUCGAAGGAACCCCAACAAUCAGCACCCGAGGAGCCCACAAACACCCCUCGCCAAACUCAAUCACCAACAACGAGCUCGAAGCCUGUCAGCAGCUCCGCGCCCUGUAACAAGCCCGCGGAGAAGACAUACAAGCCAGCCGUCGAGAAUAUCUGCGAGGAUUGGUCUGGCAUGAACCAGACAGCUUUCAAGCCUCUUAUUGCUGGCAUUCCUCUCGUGGACUGGGAGGGUGCCCCCGUUGUCUCGACUACGUCCAUCUUGGAGACCGUUCAGAUAACCACCUUGGUGGUGACAAGCACCGCGGCCCCCGCGCCGUCAGCUACACCAUCUACGGAGCCAAAGGUUGACCCCGUCGCUUGCUACAACUUCGACAUCAACGCGUACGGAUAUUGCUGCCCUGGUCCAGGUAACCCAUGCCAGGAUGACAUUGGAAAGUGUUACUUCAACGGAGAGGGUGUUUCAGGCGGUUCUAGCGGUGUUGUGCCUAAUGGUGCGCGAUGCCCGCCACCUGCGGGUGCUGAGUACUGCAGAGGUCCUUGCGAAGAGUAGAAUUAAGAGCAUGCAGGGCUCAAAGCGGCUUCCUUUAAGACUUAUAAGAUAUAAACUCGCACAACGCGGGUGCUCUCGAUAGUGAUACCCUCGGAAUGCUUUGGUGGAUGGGCAAAGAUCCGAGCUAUAGAGAGAGUGUGAAAGAAAUAGCACUUAACUUAUUCAUGAAUCCAACAAACGUGUGAAGAAUUCAA